AUGAAGUAUUGGUUGAUAUUGGCCUCAAUUCUUCUUGGUGUUACUGCUGUUCAAGGUGAAUCUCCUGUCGGUGGUAAAGGUUUAUCUCCUACAGCUGUUCAAGUUGAUUCUCCUGAGACUGCUGACAAUUUAACUUCCUUGAUUCUUAAACCUCUACCAUAUUCUUUGUUCGGAAAAUGUUCAUAUACAGGUGAUCCACAUCUUAUUCCAUUUCCAAAAUUUCCAGGUCAAGGAGUCAAUAUGUAUUUUUGUAAACAUAUUGGAUGGGAAAUACUUCUUCUAAAUAAAUGGGUAUUGAUUCUUGUUAAAGUUGGUCCAAAUCCAUAUGUUAUUCUUGAUUAUAUUAUUAUAUUUUUUGAUGGUAACCAAGGCAUGAAAUGUCUAUUAUUUGCUAGUCUUGGCUGGUCAACAUGUCCACUUAGUUCAUCGAUUAUAUCAAUAACAUAUCCAAGUGGAACAGCAUGGACUCAUUGGUAUCCAAAUGCUCAGUUUCUUAAUAUCCAAAUUACAUCAUUUUCAUGGCCAGGAGGUAACCGUUAUGAUUUUGUAAUUCGACAAACAUUCGCUUUAAUUCAACAAUCAUCUGGUGUAUGCAUUAAAAAUAAUUGUCCAUUAGAAGCAGUUAUAGCAAAUCCACCUCCAAUGAUUGCAAAAAUUUGUGAUAUUUAUAUUGAUGCAGCACAACCACAAUAUAAAGGACGUGUUGAUGAUCGUACUGUUAGUUUAGUAAGAAAUUCAUGUUACAAUGAUCUUAUACUUUCAAAGAAUCCAAAAUUUGCACAAUCAGCUCUUUCACUUUUGAUUCAUAUCAGUCUUGACCAAAUCAAGGGUGAAAAUAUUCCGAAUCUUGUUAAGAAAGGAGAAGAAAAUAUUAAUGAAGGUCUUCUUCAAGCAGGUCGUGCAGUUGCAGCUCUUCUUGAUAAAGAAAAUACAUGUUCGGAAGAAAAACCUUGCUUCUCAAAUGACGAUUAA